GUCCGAACAGCGUCCGAAGGUUAUCGAGCGCUCCUCCAAAGGUCCGGGCUCCGAGAAGCCGGGCGCACAGCGUUCAGCCCGGACCCGACUUCCCGGCAGCCUUAGUCGCCGCGGCAUCGGGUUAGAGGCAUCCCCGGGGACCGCGGGAAGGUGGAGGCGGCCUUCGCUGCCGUCGUCUCCUUCGUCAGUCUGGCACAGAUAAGGGACCAAAAUGACUGACUCAAAGUAUUUCACCACGACCAAGAAAGGGGAGAUCUUCGAGCUGAAGGCAGAGCUCAGCAGUGACAAGAAGGAGAAGAAGAAGGAGGCGGUAAAGAAAGUGAUUGCGUCAAUGACCGUGGGCAAAGAUGUCAGUGCCCUCUUCCCUGACGUGGUGAACUGUAUGCAGACAGACAACCUGGAGCUGAAGAAGCUGGUGUACUUGUAUUUGAUGAACUACGCCAAGAGUCAGCCCGACAUGGCCAUCAUGGCUGUCAACACCUUUGUGAAGGAUUGUGAGGAUCCUAAUCCCCUGAUCCGGGCCCUGGCUGUGCGGACCAUGGGCUGCAUCCGCGUUGACAAGAUCACAGAGUACCUGUGUGAGCCACUCCGGAAGUGCCUGAAGGACGAGGACCCAUACGUGCGCAAAACAGCAGCUGUGUGUGUAGCCAAGCUCCACGACAUCAAUGCUCAGCUGGUAGAGGAUCAGGGUUUCCUGGACACCCUGAAAGACCUCAUCUCUGACUCGAACCCCAUGGUAAGCUGUUGCCACCCACCAUGCCACUUCCACUACCUCCUGGGUUGCUUGGGAACACUUUGGCUUCAUCCUCCACCAGGCACUCCCCGGUUCCUGGAAGUCAGAGCCUUGCUUGGUAGGCUAAUUGUUCUCGUGCCUGCAGUGGUUCAGGCACCAUCUUUGGAGGAAGUUAGACCUGGAUUCCCUUCUCUGCGCCCUUUCUCACAUGAGCUCUAUGACCUUGGGCAGUCUGCCUAACCUUCCAGAGUCCUCUUUUCUUCAUCAGUAAGAUGGAUCUAACUCUCCGUGGCUGGCAGGAGUGCUGUGAGGCUUAAGCUGUGAAGGUAACAGUGGGCAUGCAACCAAAACUAGUGUGCUCCUUCCCCUUCCAGUCACUGUCAUUGUCACUGUCUUCUCACUGAGAUCAUCAGUGAGCUCUGAAUGUGGGUUCUUUUCCCUUUCCUCACAUCUCUGGGGUUGCAGGGUUGCAGAGGGUCACCCUUGAUGUAGCAUAGCCUG